AUGACCGCUGCUUGGACCUUCUACCGUGUGACUGCUGCUCUGGAUUCUCCCUUGUCUGGCUGGCUGCCGUUGUUUCAGCGGAAAGCGUGGCCCCAUCACGGCAUCAAUAGGAUAUGCUCCAUAUUACACAGUACAAUAGUGUUUGUGUGGGGUUGCGGCGUGUUAUACCAGGAGAGGGCGCUAUUCCGUUCAGCUGAUGAUCCCACGUAUUUCGGAGCUUCAAUGACGGUUCUACAGCGACCGUUAUUGCUUUUUUCUCUCUCGUACUUCCUCUACGACACAGUGUAUGUCCUUAUAGAGUGGGAUCCCCCAACCUUUCUGCACCACGUCGCAGGGCUCGGUGCCAUUCUUUUUGCCUUUCAGCGCUCUAUGUCUGGCGCGGAGCUCCUUGCUGGUCUUACUAUAGGCGAGUGCAGCACCCCGAUGCUCCAUUUGCGCUACUUUGCCCGCCACUACGCCACUCUUUUUGCUAAGCAGAAGGCCGCAGAGCAGGGACAGGGGCAGGAGUGCAAUGGAGGGGCCUUUAAGACAUCAAAGGAGCUGCCAGAGGUUCCUGUUCCGCAGGGUAUUUGUGGGGUCUCUUUUGAUCGUCUACAUCGCAUAAUGGAAGUGACGUUUGCAUCAAUCUUUGCCGUAGCGAGGGCCAUCGCCGGUCCUUGCAUUACGCUGAGCCUCGUUCUCAAUCCCAGGACGCCUGUACUGGUGAAGAUAUUCGGUUCUUCUGUGUGCUUUCUGGGCUUCUUCUGGCUGUUUCAAAUUGCAUAUCUUAUAUACUCCAGGGGGACCGCCUGCAGGGGCGCUCACACGAAAGGAGAGUAG